CCCCUAUCUGCCUGACGCCUCUCUCCGCUCGACCACCACCAGCUCCUUUACUGCUGGUCGUCUUUGUACUUUAUAUCCACCGCCAGUUUUUCCGUUGUUGACGCUUUUUAUCUGGAACCUGCCCACCAAAGCCCCUAGCGUAUUCCACAAUGAGCACAAAGGAAGUUGCUACACCCGAAAAGGCGGACACGCCCAAAGAAACCACUGAGGCUCCCGAGGCCCAACGCGUCGAACCAGAGGUCCCGGCCCCUGAAACACCUACAGAGGUCCAAAGUUCUCGGCGAAUGACGCGCUCACAGACAGGACGUGUGCCCAAGCGCCCUGCCGCUGAAGAAGCGGCACCUGCACCCAAGAAGCGGGCCACCAGUACGGCUAAAAAGGCCAAGCGUCCGUCGAGGCAAAAUUCCGCGGAAGAGGAGGCACCGGAACAGGUUCCUUCUCCUGCACAACCUCCGGUUUCAGAACCGCCCACUCCGAUAGCUUCCUCGAAUGCUACCCCCGUACCAGAGCCUGUCCUCAUCCACCCACCGCAGGAGCAGCAGCAACAACAACCACAGACGAGGAUUACUUUCCUCGAGGUUUCAACGGUGACUGGAGAUCCUGGGGAUCGUCGUAUGGCCCGGACGCGAGCAUUUUUCCCGACUCCAGUUCCCAAUCUCACCAAAAAGAGUCGGGGGCGACGUGUUCCUACGACUGAAACCGUCGAUCCCAAUGGGCAGCCUGACAAGCGUUACUAUGUGUGCAAGGUCGAGGGGUGCGGAAAAUGUUUCCAUCGCGGAGAACAUUUGAAGCGCCACAUUCGUUCCAUUCACACCCAUGAGAAACCCUUCAAAUGCACCUACCCCGAAUGCGAAAAGUAUUUCAAUAGACAUGAUAAUCUCCUCCAACAUCUCAAGGUUCACAAAGAAUCAAAAGUACCCCGCGGUGGCAAAUCCAGUGCGCAUACCUCUCGGCCCUCGACCCCUCCUUCAACAUCCCAGCAGCGGGAAGCUUUCGAUUCUCCUGCCUCCGAAGGAGCAUCCGAAUCUGCUCCGGCUCGACCUCGAACAAUAUAUGAUCAUCAGCCUGGGCUGUAUAGUGGCUACGUCAACUCUGGCCCGUUCGAAGGCCCUACGGAACCAAUCCGGUUUGUCACCAAUAUGGCUGUUUCAUCCCUCCGAACCGAGAUUCCGCAAUCGCCUACUGAUGCUCGCCCGCCGUCGACCUACCCGUGGCAACGUUAG